CUUGAACUCCUGGACUCAAGCAAUCUGCCUGCCAUGGCCUCCCAAAGUGCCAGGAUUAUAGGCGUGAGGCAAUGUGCCCAGCUUCUACAUAGUCUUAUGAUAGCUUUUAGCAGCUAGAGAGACUAGGUCCUUUCAAGUUUGAAUCCAGAGGAAGAUGGGCAUCUUUAUCCUAGCAUUCCUAGCAAAAGCUCUGAGAUUGACUUGGAUUAGGCCAGCCUAGGUCCUGUGCCCACCCCUGAGCCAGGCAUGGUGGCCAGGGAAGUUUUGUGCCCUGCUUUGCUCAGGUGUAGUUUUCAUGUUCUACUUCCAAGGUAAGAGUUGGAACUCCACCCAUACCAUGAGAACCAAGAGGCAGUGAGGGGCAGAUCUCUAAGAAACAAUAUGCACAUAGAAUAUGUGUAUUUUUCAUUUUAAUGACUGCUGUAAGGUUGCUUUCUAAAGACACUAUAACAAUUCACAGUUCCACCAAAAAUUAUGAGUACCUUUUCCCCCCACAACUUCAUCAACAAUAUCUUAGCUUUCUUUUUAAAUGCUUGCCUACCUGAUGUUUACAAAGUGAUAGCUCAUUAUUUGUUUUAAUUGAUAAUUUCCUAGUUCCUAGUACUAGUGUUUUUAAACAUUUUUUUUCAUGUAUUCACUGGCUACUUGGAUUUCCUUUUCUGUCAGUGGAUUCCCCAAAACCCAUGUCUAUUUUCCUAUUGUUUAUCUUUUGUCCUUUUUUUUUGUCAGUUUAUAAAAGCACUUUAUAUGUUAUGGCUAAUUACCCUCUGUCUGUCCUCUGCAUUGCAAAUGGGUAAAGAAAAAGUAGCCUGGAACUCUGCAUAUGUUAUCCUCCUCCAUCUUUAUUGUCCAUAUUAGACCCAUAUUCCUCAGGAGGCAGUCCAGAUCAAUAUGCCAGGACUACUGUGGGACAACUCCAUCAUUUAUUUUUUAAUUAUUAUUUUUUAUUUUUUUAAAGACAAGGUCUUUCUCUGUUGCCCAGACUGGAGUGCAGUGAUGCAAUCAUAGCUCACUGCAGCCUUAAACUUCUUGGCUCAAGCGAUCUUCCCCACCUCAUCAUUAUUGAAAAACAAAACAAGAUAAUCCCUGGUCAAGGACAAGUUUUCAUCACCCACCUUUACCCCUUCCCUCACACACACACUGAGGCAAGAUUGCCCAAAUUUCAGUCAUUCUGGAACCACCACCCCAAUUUUUGCCAUAUCAUUUGAGUUGUGUACUAUUUAAAUUUCUGGAAAUUGUCCUUUUUUGCACAGAUUUAUUUUAAAAGCAUAUAUUGUUGCUAUUGCAUCAGUGUAACUACUGGUUAUCUUUUUCCAAUACUCAUUAAAAUAAAUUCGUAACUAUUAAAAUAAAAGGCAUUUGUGUACUAUCCAAAACAUACUUACCUUUGGGAAACUGCAUUAGAGCAUGUCAAGAGGAUCACCAGGCUAGUUAGGGACAAGACUGAGGGUUUACAGAGCUGUGAGUUUCAUGACCUCACCACUCACUGAUCGCACAACCACUCCCAUGCAGUGCCGUGGGUGGUAGGUUCAUUUACAUCAGAGAAAAGGCAACAUGGAAGAAUGCAACUGCUGUAUACAUAUUUGUAGUGGAAAUUAGAAUCCAGGUCUUUCUCCAAAAACAACACUGUAGUAGGGAAAAGGUGUUGGUUUGGCAGAAACAGGCCUCAGUCAAGUCCAGUGGACCUACUGUACAUGAUAUUCAGGGCCCAGGAAGCUGGAGCCCGGUGCCAACCAGGAUUGUGCUAUGAACAUUCCACAUUCUAGCUAGAACAUUAGGGAUUCUAAGGUUCUGCUGAUUAUGCUGGGGUCCAGGGCUUGAAAGUGGUAGCCAUAGGACCCAGGGCUGUGGUGGGUCACAGUCCCUGAGUGGGUCUCAGUGUCCAACACUGUAGCUGGUGCCUGCCAGGUUCCCAGUGGCAAGGGUCACUAGGUCUGAAGAGAGAUGUGCUGGCUGCGGGCAUGGGGCCAGAUUCUCCUGCCAAUUUUUCUCUCCCUCUUUCUCAUCCAAUUGCUUAUCAGCUUUUCAGAGAAUGGUUUUUUCUACAGCCCCAGGAACAAUCAGAAACCAAGAGAUGGAACUGAAGAGGGAUGUGCUAUAAAGAAGAGUUGUCAGUUGUGCACAAAAGAUAAGAAAUGUAUUUGGUGUAGUGAAGAAAAGGCAUGCAAAAAAUAUUGUUUUCCAUAUUUUGGGUGUCGAUUCAGUUCUGUAUAUUGGUUAAACUGUAAAGUUGACAUGUUUGGAAUCGUGAUGCUUCUACUCAUUGCAAUAUUAAUUACAGCAUUAUUUUGGUUCUGCUGCGCCUAUCAAUUUUACAUACAGGAUUUGAACAGAAAUCGUGCAUAUUUUUAUGCAAGACGAGAAGCAGGUCCUGUUCACAACUGGAAUGCUACUGGCAAGUGUUUUCAUUUAUUUGAUGGAAUGUCCCAGACUCCUUCAGUAACAGUUUGUUCCCUUGUUCCAAACAUCAAAAUUAAAGUAUAAGUAGGGUCCAGGCACAGUGACUCACACCUGUUAUCUCAAUACUUUGAAAGGCCAAGGUGGGAGGAUUUGCUUGAGGCCAGGAAUUUGAGGUUACGGUGAGCACCUUGCAUUGCAUGCAUAUUGCACCAUCACAUUCCAGCCUGGGCUACAGAAGGAGACCCUGUUUCUGAAAACAACAACAGCAAAAAUAAAAGUAUGGUAGGACUCAUAACAACCUAGAUUUCAUUGUUCCCAUUUCCAUGAUACAUUUUGGUAACCUCAAUAGCUAGACUCGGAUUGGUAAAAUCACAAUACUGAUAGAGAAGGGCUAAAAUUUUUCAGCCCAUUUGGGGAUAUUAAUAGCUUCCCCAGCUACCCCAACUCCCACUCUACAAAAGCAACCAGACAAAAGAUGACCUUUGUCUUCAGGAAUUCUUGCAGGCUUUCCCAGAUUAAUUCAUUUCAUUUUACCUAGUUCCUUGGCUAACCUACUGUCUGCUCUUCUCAACUUGAUUCUAAACUUUCCGUUAAUUACAAGGCUUCCCCUUAUCCAGGACUCAAAUCUUGGCUUCUUUUGGCUGAACACCCACAAUUCCUGAGCGAGCACUCCCAAUCCUCUACCCAGGUCUGGAUCCUGAAAGCCCACUGAAGUCAAAAUCUUGAUCCCCCUUUUCACUUAAUUGGACUACAAAAAGUUUUACAUCAUAAUAAUAUGACUGAGGAAAGGGUACUGCAUAGUCCUUUAUAAUUACUGUCAAAAAUAACUUUGUGG